AUUGACUAAAAGGGAGGCAAUAAUUGUUGCACACCUAUAACAAAGAUGUUUUUUUGUAUAUAAACCUGUGUUUUGUUUGUAAUUGAUAUCCAUGAGAGCAUAGUAUUUUUGUGAAUUUUUUUUAAACAAAAGGUCAAAAGGUUAAACAAUAAAGACAACUUUUCACAGCCGCCUUUGCUCAUAUUUACCAAGGGUGCCAAUAUUAGUGGAGAGCACUAUAUGUAAUAUUGGAUCAUUUUCCUCAAUAAAUACAUGACCAAGUAUAAUGCUUUUGUCUUAUUUGGCUCUCUUUGUCUACUUUUAGGAUUUGUGUGAAAAUCUGAUGAUAUUUUAGGUCACAAAUUUUCAAGCACCACUGUAAGCCUACAUUCACUUACUCCAUUAUUUCCUGAUGUGCUAAGGAUUAGUGCAUGUAUUAAUUAAUCAUUAUGUAUCAUUAAGUAUUAAUUUGUUAAUUAUUUGUGGACCUUAUAGUAAAGUGUUACUGAAAUUGUUGGGGGGGGGGGGGGGCAAAUUUGUUGAAGUAUUGCUGAGAGGUCAGUCAGGGAAUGUAGCACGUGCUGUGCUUUAAAGCCUGGGGAGGUGGCGGCAGAAUAUAAAUCCCCAUGGAGCAAGCCACUGAUAUGUCAGAGUUCUGUGCACACUUUGCUCCCAGGUUCAUUUGUUACUGACGUUUUGCUUAGGUGGAAACUUGAACAGAACUCUGAUCCGCCCCGCGGAAAAUGUACAAUCGCCUCAACUCUCAAAAUGCCACCAGAAGAAAGUAAUUUCUCCAAAACCGAGAGCGCAGAAGACCAAACCGUGCGCACGGGCGCAGGUGCAGAGAGCGCUCAGGAGUGUCCUACCCGCCUGUACAGGAGAAGAUGGCUGAUCGUUUUGCUUUUCAGCUCGUAUUCUCUGUGCAAUGCGUAUCAAUGGAUCCAGUACGGAAUCAUCAGCAACAUCUUCAUGCAGUUUUACGGCGUGAGCGCGUUCGCUGUAGACUGGAUGUCCAUGGUCUACAUGCUCACUUACAUACCAUUUGUCUUUCCAGUAACGUGGCUUUUGGACAGGAAAGGGCUGCGAGUUGUCGCGCUCGUAGCCACCGGUGUUAACUGCGCGGGCGCGUGGAUUAAGGUCGCGAGCGCCAAGCCGCACCUGUUUUGGGUGAGUGCGCUCGGGCAGGUCGCGUGCGCCGUCGCGCAGGUCUUCAUCCUCGGCAUGCCGUCUCACAUCGCCGCCGUGUGGUUCGGACCGAAGGAAGUGUCCACCGCCUGCUCCAUCGGCGUCUUCGGCAACCAGCUUGGCAUUGCCAUUGGGUUCCUGGUGCCACCUAUUCUUGUGCCCAAUAUAGAUGACAUGGAUAAACUGGCUUAUCAUAUCAGCAUUAUGUUUUAUAUCACAGCAGGAGUGGCCACCCUCAUCUUCAUUCUAGUUGUUAUUGUGUUCCAGGAUAAGCCAGCCCUUCCUCCCUCCCAAGCCCAGGUGGCAAUGCAAAACAUGCCUUCACAGGACUACUCUUACUUGGCCUCGAUUCGGAGGCUUCUCUGCAACAAACCCUUUGUCCUACUUAUCAUCACCUAUGGAUUAAAUGUUGGGUGUUUUUAUGCUGUUUCCACUCUGCUGAACCGGGUGAUCAUUGACUAUUACCCUGGGGAAGAGCUGAAUGCUGGACGAAUUGGUCUGACGCUUGUCAUUUCUGGUAUGGUGGGCUCUCUCAUCUGUGGCAUCUGGUUGGACAAAACAAAGACAUACAAACAGACCACACUUUCCAUAUAUCUUCUGUCAUUUGUAGGAAUGAUCAUUUACUCCUUCACUGUUAACUUGGGCCAUCUCUGGGUAGUCUUCAUUACAGCAGCAGCGCUAGGAUUCUUCAUGACUGGUUACCUACCACUAGGCUUUGAGUUUGCAGUGGAGCUGACGUACCCAGAGUCAGAAGGCACAUCUUCGGGACUACUCAACUGCUCAGCACAGGUGUUUGGAAUCAUAUUCACCAUUUGUCAAGGCAAGAUCAUUGACUCCUACAGCACACUAGCUGGGAACAUCUUCCUCUGUGUUUUCCUCUUUUUAGGGACCAUCAUUACAGCUUUUAUAAAGGCAGAACUGCGGCGGCAAAAGGCGAACCUGCAAUCAGAGGCAGAAUCAGAAGCUAAACAAUCAAGACACCAAGAAGAUGGAAUAUCAUCACUGAAACAGAGCAAGAUGUAGAAAUUAAGUUCUCCAACAUACAAUCCCAAUUCCAAAAAAGUUGGGAUGCUGGGUAAAAUGUCAAUAAAAACAGAAUGCAAUGACUUGCAAAUCUCAUAAACCCAUAUGAUAUUCACAAUAGAACAUAGAAAACAUAUAAAAUGUUUCAAAUGAGUAAAUGUACCAUUUUAAGAAAAAAGUAAGGCAAUUUUGAAUUUGAUGGCCGCAACACGUCUCAAAAUAGUUGCAACAAAUGGCUGGAAAAUUAAGCGUUACUAAAAAGGAACAGCUGGAGGAACAUUUUGCAACUAAGUAGAUUAAUUGGCAACAGGUCAGUAACAUGAGUAUGUAUAAAAAGAGUAUCUUAGAGAGGCAGAGUCUCUCAGAAGUAAAGAUGGGAUGGAAUCUGGAUGGAAGCAUAUGUUGCUCUAAAACUGUAUAUACCGUUCAGUGUUGAUGGUGCCUUGCAACAAACACAGGUUUAUCCAAAAAAGAUCUUUUAAACAAUAAAGACAACUAUUCACAGCCUUCUUUGCUCAUAUUUACCAAGGGUGCCUAUAUUAGUGGAGGGCACUGUAUAUGAGUGAGAGAAUGGAACAAUAUAUAUUUGGUACAAAAGUCAUAAAAUCUGAAAAUCAGCUGGCAAAGCACCAACACUGAAGUUCAGGGCAAUAAUGACCUGUGAAAUGUUAAUUGUAGUUGAUAGGAAUUUACUUGCAGUUUUUAUUUUUACUACUACAGUACAUAUAUUGAACUUUAGGUUUUUUAACUGACAGAUGCUAGCAAUAUGAACAAUAUUAGGAUUCUUUCUUGCGUUUAUUUGACCACUUUUGAGCGCAUGGACUAUCU